AUGGUGGCUCUGUGCAGUCCGAGCAUCCCGCUGGAGAAGCUGGCCCAGGCGCCGGAGCAGCCGGGCCAGGAGAAGCGCGAGCACGCGUCUCGGGACGGCCCGGGGCGGGUGAGCGAGCUCGGGCGCCCCGCGAGGGACGAGGGCGGCAGCGGCCGGGACUGGAAGAGCAAGGGCGGCCGUGGGCUCGCGGGCCGGGAGGCGUGGAGCAAGCAGAAGCAGGCCUGGGCCGCCCAGGGCGGGGGCGCCAAGGCCGGGGACCUGCAGGGCGGGCCCCGCGGGGACACCCCGCAGGGGGAACCCCCGGCCGCCGCCGCCCAGGACGCGACCGGCCCGGACCUCGCGCCCACGCCCGAGCCGCCCGAGGAGUACGCGUACCCGGACUACCGCGGCAAGGGCUGCGUGGACGAGAGCGGCUUCGUGUAUGCCAUCGGGGAGAAGUUCGCGCCGGGCCCCUCGGCCUGCCCAUGCCUGUGUACCGAGGAGGGGCCGCUGUGCGCGCAGCCCGAGUGCCCGAGGCUGCACCCGCGCUGCAUCCACGUCGACACAAGCCAGUGCUGCCCGCAGUGCAAGGAGAGGAAGAACUACUGCGAGUUCCGGGGCAAGACCUACCAGACUCUGGAGGAGUUCGUGGUGUCUCCGUGUGAGCGUUGCCGCUGCGAAGCCAACGGGGAGGUGCUCUGCACAGUGUCCGCGUGUCCUCAGACGGAGUGUGUGGACCCCGUGUACGAACCUGACCAGUGCUGCCCCAUCUGCAAAAACGGCCCAAACUGCUUUGCGGAAACGGCUGUCAUCCCAGCUGGAAGAGAAGUCAAGACUGACGAAUGUACCAUAUGUCACUGCACUUACGAAGAAGGCACGUGGAGGAUUGAGAGACAGGCCAUGUGCACGAGGCACGAGUGCAGACAAAUGUAGAAAUGGGACCACACACACACACGCAGAGACGUUUUUCUAGAACAUUUUACUGAUGGGAACAUUCUAGAUGACUCUGGGGAAUAGCAUUCGACAGGGGAAGACUUUGGAUGAGGGUCAUGGAACAUGGUUGGUACUUUUGCAUUUCUUGGUUAACAGUUACUGCAAAAGAAGGAAAUGGGUAUAUUUCAAAACAUCCACAAGAAUUUUGGGCAUAAACCCCCUCUCUAAAUAAAUGUGCUAUUUUCACAGUAAGUGCACCGAAGUACACUAUUCUAUAUUAAAUGUAUUUCUAUAAUCCCUCUAUUAGAGAGCUUCUAUAAAUGUUUUCUAUAGAUACAGAUUAAAAAUGCCGUGUUGUCAACCGUGCCCACUGCGUACCUGCAUAUGGUCCUCAGUUCCAAUUCCCUCACGCGAGCUCGUUGUGGUUGCUGAUUUCUGCUUCACAUCUUGGAACGGUGCGCCCAUCGAUGGACCAUCAGACACCGAAAUACUGAAAUCCUGCC